ACUGUAUCUCCAUCUACGACUACACAACAAUCAGAGAAGAGAGAGAGAUGGGUUGGUUUUUUACAGAAAGAAGAGGACCUGCAUGGAAGCAAGGGUGGGCAGAGCAAACUCUAUCCUCCGUUUCUGCACCUCCUUUACCUUUAGUUGCCAUUUUCGGAAUCAUUUUUCUUCUUUUUUGGCUUUCAUCAUACAUCAACUACAAGUUACAGAUGCAACACACUAUGAUCAACUUAAAGGUGUUUCUCUUGUUUUUGCCUGUGUUGCUGAUUUUCGCGGUGCAAUUAACCGAGUCUUUUAGGCCAAAAACAUACCGGCGCCCGGCUGAUGUUGGAAGCAAUUUUUGUAACUUGCCUUGGAGCGUGAUGGUGCUGGUGGUGUUGCUUCUGGUGAUGGUGUCUUACCACUCCCAUGUUCAAUCCAUGUGGACUCCAAGUGUUUAGAGUUUGGGUGGUUAUUUUGUACUGUAUUAACCCUGUUUAGUUACCAUCUUUAUGUAUUAAUAAGUUUGUCUUGAGUUUGGUUUGAACUAUUUAUUUUUGUGA